ACAAUCUCAAGAGCGAAUAUGAAGAUACUGCAAUGAUAUGGACGGUUUUGAACUUGAGAAUUCUUUUAUAGAAAAUGAAAUAUUUCUUUUUUAUUUAAAGAAGUGUUUUCUUUAAAAAAAAAAUCGCCUUUAAUCGAAUUAUUUAAUGUUAAACGAUUUUGAAUUUUCCUUGCACCUUCCUGAAGACCACCAGACAUACAAUCGAGUAAAACCUGACCACGAACGUUCACGGAUAAUUCGACGUCGUACGUGUGAAAAAUUGUUCAAACUUUAUAAGAUAAAGCAUAUGACUUUGGACUUGCGAUAAAAAUAAUUUGAAUAACAAUUUCUAGCUUUCGCUAAAACGUUACUUUUCGUUCGUUCAACAUGUACAUCUCUUCGCAUUCAUUGCACAUCAAAACAGGAGCGAAAUCGAAGGUAAAUAUACGUUCUUAUAUGAAUUCAUACCGAGCGUUCAGUCUACCGAGAAUCUGAUUACAAAAUACAACAAGCAUGAUUACAAAUUAAUGCAAAUUGUCUGCCAGCAUUAUCAGGAACGUCAUAUUAUAGCAAUCAAUCUUUCAUUCCGUUGUAUCAUCUUCUAUAUCAAAUACCUGCAUUGCAUUUAGAAAUCCGCGAUUUCCAUUAAUAACUAAUUGUAAAGUGAGUUCGUUAUGUUAGCUUCUCUUUUCUUGUUACCUUAAGACAAAAGCUUAUACAAUGGUAAAAUCAUGCAAAGAAAUAAUUUUGAUAAUACGAAGACCGACCACGAUCGAUUUUAAAUUUGAAAAUUAAGUACUCGUCCGUGGAAAAGGCACGCGAGACAAAACUAAAUUAAACUACUAAACUAACUAACUAAAUUAAAGAUAAAACAAAAGUAAAUUGGUCGAUAAUCGAAUGUUUCUGUUUUAGCCUUAAUAUCAGCCACGUCCGAAUCGAUAAUAAAAAUCACGCCUAAAGAGUUUUGUUCUUCUCACAUUUGUAAAAUAAAUAAAAAUUUCGCGAAACUCUGCAAACAACAAACAUCGUCAAACAAUAAUUUAAUAUUGCAAGAAAUCCCAGAGUAUCCUCCUACGUAAACGAGUUGAGACGAGGGAAAGCUUAAAAAAAGGGGAAAAAAUCAAUAUCAAGCGCCAUUGGUAUAAAAAUAGAGACGCGUGAACAGGACGCAGUUGGAGCAUUUCGCGAAGCAACUUUCCAGUCCUGCUGAGAGCGCGGCAAGAUUGGAAAAGAUCGAAGAGUAUCUGGGGUAUAUACUUUCGACUAGGUCUAACAUGGCCUAGCCUAGAGACUCGUCUCUCUUCCCAGACGAAGAAGGCGCAGGUGCAUGUUGCACAGCAGUGAAAGUAUCCGAGUGCAGUUACGAUCUGUCAAUGCCCUCUUGCAUAGUCGGUAGAAGUCUAGCGGUGCCGUUUGACCAGGACCCGGGAUUUUCAGUUCGCUCGUCGAAAGUGUCGGUGUCUGUCAGCAGCUUCUAUACCUGGUGAAUCCUCUUUGCCGAACGACCGAGUCCACGAAAGCUCUUUAACGACGUUGAAAACCUUUUUCCUCUUUGAAACUCGCGUUGAAAGAAGCUGUCAGGAUGAGCACGAUGAACAUCGCGACGUUGUGUUUUCUACUGGUCGUAACUGGUGUCACCACUCUCUCCAUCGACUCGAAUCCCGAAUACGUGAAACAGUGUUCGAGAAGCGAUCCAAAGCUGAAAACAUGUUUAAUCGAUGCGUUACACCAUUUGAGACCGUAUUUGAGUGUCGGAAUACCGGAAAUCGAGCUGCCUUCCGUCGAACCAUUUCGCAUGGACGAGCUGACUCUCUCCCUGACAGGUGGUACAAACGGUUACAAGGUUCAACUGCGUGAACUGUUCGUAAAGGGAGCGAGCAACUAUACCGUGGAAGACAUCAAACUCGGCUCACCCUUCGAAGCCAUUGUACGAAUGCCAGCCCUCAUUUUGGACGCGCAUUAUUCCAGUUCAGGAGUGUUAAUUAUCUUACCAGCCAGUGGCAAUGGAACGUUCCACGCUCGGUUUGACGAUGUCAGAGCUCUGGUCAAAGGCACCGUUUCGACGAAAGAAAAGGAUGGAAAAACGUACCUUAACGUGGAUAACCUUGACGUUGUUCUGGAAGUGAAGAAUGUGAAUAUGAGGGUCCGAAAGAUUUUUAAUAACAAUCGAAUCCUUACCGAGGCAACCAACCUGUUCCUCCGCGAAAACGGACAGGAAGUUUUAAAAGUGAUGGAGCCGCAGUUGAAAAGGAAGCUGUCCGUACUCUUCGCUGGAAUCGUUAAUCAAUUGUUACGUCACGUGCCAGUCGAAGUUUUCCUACUGCCUUGAAUUUCGCAUUUUUUCUCGGAAAAAGGAAAGAUACGAUUAAGAAACAAAAAAAAAAAAAAAGAAAUCUAAGAAAACGACAAAUAGUCCAGAUUAGUGCGUUUCACCGAGGGUUACGAUACAGUAACGAGUAACUUAAUAAUAACUUCGGGUUAAUAACUUCGAGUAGAACAAGAUAAACAAGGAACAGUAUUGUUACGACGUUUAGUUUAAUUCGUUUCAGUGCAACUGAUAGUAUAAGGUUGAAUUUAUUGUAGAGAAGGCAACAAAAUAUAUGUAUAUUGUAUAUAUUUAUAAAA